CUGCUGUCUUCUUAGUUUGUUUCGUUUUAGAUGAGCAGCCAUCGCUUCCAUCUUCAUCCAUGGAAGAUUUACCACUGUCUGCUUAUUUCCAACGACUCUGUCAACACAUAUUGGACGGAUCGUCAAAGAAUGUCACUAGAAAAAACAUUGAAGACUUUCGCGUCUUGCUUCACUUGAUUAUGCAUGAAUGCUCAAAAGCAAAUAUUGAGACAGGAAGGAAAUGGGUACUUGAAUACUGUCAAGCACCUCAUCAUAUGAAUGCUAUUCUAGAAUAUAUGUUGGCAUUGUCUAGAUCACGUACCUCACAAACAGAUAGAAUACAUCUCAUUUACUUGCUUAAUGAUGUCGUCUUUCAUACUGCUAGGAAACAGAUAACAUGGAUGCAAGAAGCCAUGCUGCCCUUAUUAGUGCCUCUUUUACGAAUGGCUUAUGAAGCAGCAGAAUCAGCAGAAUAUGAAGCUAAAAUCAUGAAGGUGAUUGGCUUCUGGGGCGAUCAAAACAUCUUUGAACCUCAGGUUAUUAGUCGCAUGAAAAGAGAUAUUAUGUCACAUCCAUUUCAAAACUCUUUUGUGUCUUAUCCUCAACAUAUGCCUAGUGUUCCACCACCUCAUGCCAAUUCAUUACAACAAGGAGCAGUACCUUUGCCUAUACCACCACCACCACCGCCACCAGCUAAACCUUACCAUGAAUUGCCUGCUGGACUUAUGCUUUUUGCCAAGUCAGAGGAUUAUCAACCUGUUGAUCCAACUCUGAUUCGAGUUCCCUUUCCACGUCCACCACCCACACAAGAACUUAUAACAGCUGUAGAUGAAUUCUAUCAGGGACUUGACUUGUCCAGUGCAGAUAGUGUGAUUAUAGACGAAAAAGCCACUAGAUCCAACAUUGAUGCGCAAGGUUGGGAAAAAGGUUAUUUAGAUGAAUAUACAACCUCUAUUCAUCAACGAAAACAACAGCGCAAUACACGAUCUCCAAGUAGAGAGCAAUACCAUGAUAGAAGAGAAUAUCUAAGUCCAAGUCGUGGUAGGAGCCGUAGUAGAACACCAUCCCCUCGUUAUCGCCAGCGAUUAAGCCGUAGCCCUCCUUCAAUGAGAAGCCGUAGUCCUUCUCCAGCCAAAACUCGAAGUCCAUCCAGAAAUCGAUAUCAGAGACGUUAUAGUCGCAGUCAUAGUCGAUCACCUUCCCCGCCACCACCUUCUUUGAUGCGUUCAUCAAAUACGAGUUAUGGAUCAGGCAAAAGCAACGGGUUUGGCAGGCACGAUUUUAGUGGUGUUCCACAAGAAAAUAAGUAUAUGGGGCUUGGAAGCAAGUCUGCUAUGGAUGAAUUUGAUCAUUUUAGACGUAACAAAAGUCAAGCAUUUAACAGACGUGAGCCUCAUCAACCUUUUACAUGUUAUCGAUGCAACAAGGUGGGACAUUUAGCAAGAGAAUGUAACAGUCUUUAAUAAUAAACUAUGUCAUCUUGAUCUCAAAAGACCAUAAAUCUCGAGCACAAAGCACAUCCUCUUUUCGUUGAUCUAAUACAUCAAUGGCUAAAGAACGGACUUCCUCCAUCACUUCCAAAGCCUCAGGAUCUUCAUCACCACGAUAACGAGCACUGAAGUGAGUCAAGAUCAAUUUUUUACACUUGAUUUUCUUUG